GAUAGUAACUCUAACUGUCGUUACAUUAACUGACAACAAAAACAAAAAGUAGACAACAAAGUAGCGUUUUAGCUAUUUAAAUUUGUUUCUAUCGUUAAUUUUUGUUUCAUAUUUAUCUUAAACAUUUUAUUAAAAAUCUGCCAUGGCUGUAGAUUUGACUACCGGAUCUUAUGACGAAGAAGGGAUAUUUAAUAAACAUAAUGCGCCUUCUAAAUCGUCGGAAAAGAUAACCCCGGUGAAUGACUUUUGCUCUCUUAAAAACUUUCGUGUCUUAAAAGUUUUAAAGGAAUGUUCUCACAAAAAAACUUUAGUUGUAGAAGGUCGAUUUGUAGGCGAUGAUAGGAGAGCAAUCAUAGCCAUUGAAAAAAUGCCUUUCGACUCCAGAGAUUUAAGUAGAAUGUUUACUUCUGAAUCUCGGGUUGAACUGAAAUUUAGAAAUGAUAUUUAUGCUAAGUAUCAUGUUUACCCUCAAAACGGAUUUAAUGGUAUUUCUAUAAAAGUUAUACAUCCUGCUAAUGAAAAAGAUUUUUCCAAAUAUGUUGAUGAACCAGUUGUUAUGGUAUGUGAGAUGAAAAUCUUGUAUGACCGGAUAGUUGCACCUCAUUUUAAAGCUAUGUUUCAGCAACAGGCUACAAUUGAUGUAAAUUCAAGUAAUCUACUCUUUGCUGAUUCAAGCGAAGAUACAAAAUUUGUUCUUUUGAAAGAAGAAAUGAACGAUUGCACUUGUGCUAAUAACCAUGUUCGAGGUAAAGCAAUUAUUCAGAAACCAGAUUUGUUGUCAUUGAGAGAUCUUACUUCAUCUGAAAUUCCAUUACUCAAAAAAGUCAAGAAAGCAUGUUUGGAGAAGAUGAGCAAAGAGUACAAGAUUCCAACAUCCCAGUUAGAGUGCUAUGUCCAUUAUCCACCACAAACAUUCCCAUUUCAAAUAAUAUUUGAAUCCGUGGAAAGACAUGAAAAGAUUCCAGUUGGAAAAGUUCAUGAUCUAGACUACAUUAUUUCUAGUCUUCAACUUAAACCAGAUUACUAUCAAACAGUUACUUUAUCUUAUUUCAUAUCUGAGAAAGAUCCCCUGGCAAGAAAGAUUAAGGAACUAAAUCUCUCCACGUCCAACAACAAAUAGUUUUUUCUUGUCUUCACUGCAUCGAUUUCAUUACAUUGUAUAGAAAAUUCACUUCUCCCCCUUCAUUGUCUUUUAACGAUACAUAUAAGAUCAUUGUAUGAGAGUGUGUGCUGCGAAAAUGUUUUGUUACAUCAUGAUAUAUUUAAAUACUGACACAAGAUAAAAUCUUGCUGUAAUUGUUUGAAGAGCUGAAAAUAAAAACAUUUUUGAUCAUU